AUGAUUCCGAACGAUGUUGAAAAUAAUAUUAGUCAUAGUAUUAGCAACAUUUCUACUGCUUCACAGCCAUCAACGACUGCAACAUCAUCAAGUCGUGGUAAUACAAAUUAUUCAUCAAUCAAUACAUUAAUUACAACUGAUACUCGACGAAGUGUUCGUCUUUCAGCUAAAUCUUCUAAAAGAAUAUCAUCAUUAAAUCAAUCAAGUAUCCAUCGAACAAUAUCGGGCGGUGUUGCUCUAACUCAUUCACCAAAAUUAUAUGUUCGUAAACGAACUUAA